UAUUGAGAUUAGCGAAUGGGACGGCCCUCCGCUGUAAACUGUUAUGGAAGGCCAGCUGGCUCGAAGCUCAGUGACGUGCAGCUGUUAAACGUCUAUCAACCAUCCUUCAAGGACAUAGCAGUUGGUUUUGUCUUGCAGCAGCAUCACUUGACACUCAGAGAUUCUCUGUACCAACAUCAGCAACUUGAAGGGAAAGGAGAAUUAUUUGCUUUUGGUGCUCCGGGUCGCAAUCUGUUGAUUGGGACAUUUUGUACUCGGCUGCUCUUGCUUUGUCAAAACUGCCAGGAUGGACGCACUGCUAUCGGCACUGGGAAUGGAUAAAGUGGCAGUAGGUUUUUCUAAUCUGUCAAUGUUUCCCCUUUUCGACAUGGCACAUUACAUCAUUUCAGUUAUGGCACUACGGGAACAGCCAGGAGCGAUAGAGAUUUCAAGGCGCAGUCCAAUUGCAUGCUGGUUUAGUGCUAUGAUUUAUUGUUUUGGUGGAGCAAUUGUGUCUUCUGUCCUGCUUGGAGAGCCUCCAGUAGAGGUCUUCUCAAACAACAUAAACAUACUGAUGGCUUCUGCAGCCUGGUAUUUAUUAUUUUACUGCCCCAAUGACAUGUUCUUCAACAUUUGUGCCAUCCAUUUAUUCCGCGUCUUACUUGCUGGUAUGAAGGAAGUGACCAGGACCUGGAAAGUGCUGUCAGGAGUCACACUUGCAUAUAAGCAGUACAAACGACUUUGUAUAGCCUUGAUUACUAUUGGAUGGGCCAAAGGUGCAGGUACUGGCUUGAUGUCUAACUUUGAACAGCUGGUGAGAGGAGUUUGGAAACCAGAAACAAAUGAACUGUUGAAAAUGUCAUAUGCAACAAAAGUGACACUCCUAGGAGCUGUACUGUUCAGUUUACAAACAACAGGCUAUUUACCAAUUGCACAGCAUAACCUAAUGUUCAUGUAUACCAUCUUUUUGGUUGUUACAAAGGUUACUAUGAUGAUGACUGGUUCUACUGUUUCACCAUUUGCCUGCGUGGAGUCUGUUCUUUGUAGGGUGAUAUUAGGCCUCAAGUCAGGAGACGCUGAAGAAAAGAAUUCAAAGAGUGCCACCAAGGAUAUUUCCAAUGGUACGUGUCCAGCUUCAAAUGGUAACAUCAAAGCAGAGCCAGAAGAAACUUGUGCUCCAUCUGCUUCUAGUCCAGACACUGAGGAAUCUAAUGAUAGCAACAAAAGCAGUAACAAAAAAGAUGACUAAAGAUUGUAGACCAAAAAAUUCACAAGAGCUUUGUGAUUCAUUGGCUGUGUUUCUUCAUGUAUAGCCUCAGCUGUUCUUUUGUCCGAGUCUUGUAGAUGCAUUCUGCAUGCAUGAUAGGAAACAAAAGCUGCAGUUCUGUAUAGACAUGCACUAAAGCAGAAGUUAACACCGUUUAAUUGUAAUUGAUUUGGGACUGAUCUGACUGAGGCUUUACUUUUUUAUUAUUGCAAUUAUUAUUUUGCUGUAAGUUUGGAUUGUUAUUAGUCUGUGCAAUUCAAAUCUUAUUUUGGAGAUAAAUAUUAAGUUGAGAAUUUAGAUUUUGAAUUUUAGAAAUGGGUUAUUUAAACAUGUUAAUCAGAGAUUUUAUCAUUGGUUAAAAAGCUUUUAAUUAUUUCAAGAGUUUAUAAUGUAUGGGUAGUGGGAACAUAGAAGACACUGGAUGCAAGGCAGGUAUAGUUAAAUAAGCACUUUUAUUAAACAUUUGUCUUUCCUUUUUAAAAAGUAUAUAUAGAUAUAUAAUUUUCUAAAUAAAAGCCAAAUACAUUCCAUGUUAUAUUUCUUAUUUGAUUUUUUUUACUUUAUUUCUUUGCUUUUUAUGCAGAUGUAAUGAAAGUGUGGUUGUUGAUAAAACUUUUUAACUUUGUGUGUGUGUGUGUGUAUAUAUGUAUAUAUAUAUAUAUAUAUAUAUAUAUAUAUAUAUAUAUAUAUAUAUAUAUACAUAUACAUACACACACACACACACACACACACACACACACACACACACACACACACACACACACACACACACAUAUAAUGUGUGUGCUGAUCACUUUUUCAAGGCCAUUGUUACCCACUUCAGUCAGAGAAGUCUUUUUUGCUCCUUUUACAGUGAAUGAAGUGGCUUUGCCAAGCAGCACCUUACUACUACUAAACGCUAAUAAAUAUUUAUACACAGUGUUCAGUUUGAGUUCAAUGUGCAAUAAUGCAUGUGAUUUUAAACUGCAUUUCCAUGCAGUGGUGUAAUCAUGAUAUUAGAAAUUUAUGCCACCUUGCAAAUUUUUAACUGUACACCAUUCCACCCCAGAAAAGUAGCCCAUAAUUUCUGAUUUGUUGUACAGACUCUUGUACUGUUAUAUCCCCUCAGAAUAACUAGCCUUUUCUGUGGUAUAUAAACCAAAUAAAAAAAGAAGCAUUGGUUUGCUAGCAAUAUAAUAAAAGAUAGCUUACUUACUAUAAUCUUUUUAAUUUAAUUUCUUUCAGGUUAGGUCAUUUGAAGCCCUUGGCUGAAUAUUGUUGUCUUGUAAACUGAUAUGUACUCCUUGAUGUCCUUCAAUUCUCAUGUUACAGUAUUCCAAACUCUUGGGUUUUCCUCUCUUGCUACCCGAACAUCCGGCCAGUAUACAAAAGCUUGUAGUCACUGCUAGGUAUGUAGGACGUCUGACGAUGGCCUAGGGAGCAUGGGCCAUAAAAGUGAUGUCUGCACGUACCUUUCCUCAGAACUUCUCUGCCACCAGUCCAAAUGUCCUCGUUCCUGCCAUCUUUACUUCGGCUCUUCAUAUUCCAAAAAUAAGUACCCCGUUGGGGCUGUUUUUUGAUUCCUUUGUCACUGCAUGCCUGUUAGGGUUAUAUGUCAUCCAGGAAGGGAAAGUGCAAGUGCGAUCAUCAGAUCCCCAUAAGUACACCCACAACCUUUGCCUUUUCUGUCUAGGGUCUACGCACAACCAUCUUUCUUGCGUGAUAUGUCAGGACUACAUGCCUAAAACCCUACACAGCCGCCUGCACAUCUUGAAUAUAUAUUUAGAAAAUCAGCAUAUUAAACGCUUAGCUUUAGAGAUGGAAGGGUCGUCUGGUCAGCCCAUGGACCCACCCAAAAAGAAGGCCAAGGUUUCCAGGCCCAAAGUUGCCACUGCUGCCCCUCCUCCAUCUAACAUCCCUCAUGUGGCCGACAUUCACCUGGAGGAAUGCUCUGAGUCUGCUGAAGAAGGUAUAGUGGGUACCCCUUGGGAUGCCACAGAACCUAGAGCAGAAGGCACGUCCGGGAAGGGUUUACUACCUUCACUUGGCGACGUUAAGAGGGAACUACAGGUUCCUACAGCUGCUCAGACAGGCCUUUCCUGUGCUUCCCAGUGCAUUGAAUCUUGGCCUUCUUCAGACACUAGGCCUUCCUCGGGGCCUAAGCCUCCUAGGCCUUCACUGUAAAAGAAAGCCAAGACCAAGCAUCUCUUCCCUCUUCUGAAAGCCUUUUCACAGAGCCUAUUUAAUGGCCCUGAGCCUGCCAUGUCUGAAUCUCCACAGGCCGACCGUCCUUUUCCUCUUGUGUAUGCUUCAACAGAGGACAAAUCUGUAGAGGCUGAUUCCCCAGCAGAGGACCUCACCUUUGGGGAGAUGAUUUCCAAAAUGAGGGAAUUUAAGUGGGAUUCCUCUGAGAUGUCUGAGGUACAAAAAGAUAGAGCUCCUGGAGAUGGAAACCCCUGCUCCUUCUGCAAUCCCCGCAGUAUUACCAGCAUUCUUGGAUGCUUUCAGUGCUGCCUCACUUAACCCAUUCAUCUGAGGCCUUCUUCAAAGGAUUGGACACUUCCAUCCUAGAGGCAGCUACUUGAUCAUCUGUCCAUACCUUCACUAAACACUACAUGUCUCCAGAUCCAGAGUGGGGUUUGCAAGGGCAAUCCUGUAUGGCUUUGUAGAGAGUAGCUCCAUACCACCACCCUCUUCUUCCCUGUGAGCUUUGAGUUUGGAAUACUGCAAUAUGAGACAUGAAGGACAUAGAAUAGUUGUAUAAAAUCUUAUCAUAACCAUAGAUAUCCUUCUCUUCUAUGUUGCAGUAUUCAUUCCCUCCCACCUUACCCCCUUCUCUCGAUUUAAACUGUCUCUUCCUUGGUGGCACAGAGCUUAUACAGCUUCCUGGGACUGGGGACCAACUGGGGCAUUCAUUUCUGAGAAAAGGUACAUGCAGACAUCACUUUUAUGGCCCAUACUGUGUAGGCAAGCGACAGAUAUCCUAUGUACCUAGCAAUGACUACAAGCUUUUGUAUACUGGCCAGACGUUCAGGUAGCAAGAGAGGAAAACCCAAGAGUUUGGAAUACUGCAACAUCGAAGAGGAGGACAUCUAUGGUUAUGGUAAGAUUUUACACAACUAUUCUUUGUACAUAGUGUUUGUUUCUACUUGUUCAUGAUUUAUUAAAAUAAGUAAAAAAAAAUAAUAUGGGGAAGCUGGAAUCCGGUAAUAUAGAAGUAAUCUUUUGUCAAAAAUACAAUUUAAGUAUAUCUGUGAAUUUAAUGCACACUAACAUUUUAUGUAACUUUUAUCAUCUCGAUUGUUUAUGAAACCAUAAGGAAAUACUUAUGGUUCUUAUCAUUUCUUUAAAAAGGUAUUAUUAAAAAUAUUUUCAGUAUAAUGUUUUCAUAACUGACCUGUACAGUUUAUAAUACUUGAAUAUACCCAAUUCAUUUAUUUUAAAUUGCAUAAUUAUAAAUAUUUUCGACAAUAAACAUGCUUUUAAAGUUGAGACUGCAAUGUGCAAUAUUAUGUAAAUAUGUGUAUGGUAUAUGUUAAAUGAUGUGUCAACAUAUACUGGCAUCUUGUAAGAUUUUCUGUCUGCUGUAUCAUUCUCUUGUAUAGUUGUUUCCUUCCUUCUUUCACUUAUUCAUUCUCCCAUUUACCUGCUUUAUUCAUUUCAGGGUCAUUGGGAAGUCAUAGCCUAUCCUGCCACUUAGUGGGUGUAAAGCAGAAAAACUACUUCUGGAAGAGGUGCCAAAUUUUAUAGGAUACACAACCAAAUUUUAAAGGAUACACAAGCACAUAGUCACACAAAGCACUGUCGGCAGUUUGAAAGGCCACCGGUACAUCUGUGGCAUGUCUUUGGGAUGUGGUUGAAAAUGUGAGAAUGCUGGUACAGGCAUACCAUAUAAUCUCUGCAUCAAAGGUACUUCAGCUGAGAACUGGGCUGGAGAACCAAGUAAAUUGUGGCAUCAGUGCUAAGCACUACACCACUGUGUCACUGUUCUGUUACCUUAAACGUAUAUCUCUGGAAAAUGAAAAACUACAGUCAACCAGUCCUUAAAGCUUAUGCCACCUCUUAUGCAAGCUCAUUGUACUAUCAGCAUGUUAGACUGGAGUGUCAUCCUCUUACAUGGAACCUGCAUCAUAACUUCAUAACAUUGUCACUGUAAGCUGCAUGUGUGUGACACAAACAUAAUGAAAAUUCCACUGUUUCUGUAAAGUAUACAGAACAAGGUGUUUCUUAAAUAUGUAUUAAAUGGAAAGCUUGAAACAUG